GCUCCGCCGGAGUCGGCUGGGAGGCACGAGGAGCUUCGCGGAGAUCCUCCGCCACGAGGGUUGGAGCGAGAGCAGGUUGCAGCGAGACCGCGCGCAUUGAGGAUCAGCCCGACCCGGCGGAGCGAGGGCCGCGGCGGAGCCUCUUGUCGGCCCGAUCCGGCGAGCGCUCGGGGUGCCAGCUCGUGUGGCUGGCGAUGUUCUUUUCAGGACAGACAGACGCGGCGGUUCACGCGAGGAAGCCCGGGGGCGAGCGGAGGAGCGCUCGGCAGCGGCUGGAGUUGGCCUCACCGCUGCGGGGAAGAACCGUAUGACAGGCGCGGCACCCGAAGAAGACUGUGCGUUCCCGGCGGGUGAGAGGUACUGCGGGCGGGCCGCGCGCCUCGUGGCCGAUGUUAUCCUGGGGUCGAGGAAGACAGGACGUUUGCGGAGUCUGGCAGAGAGCGGUGAAGACGAUGGGGGUGCGGGAGCGUCUUCUUUCUGAGGAACAGAUGAGAGAUCAACGACUGCCUAGCAUCCUUCUCUGGGAGUACGGUGAUCUCCGGAGAGCCCUUUUCAGUCCUACAGCUCUGGUUCUGAUCUUGCUGUGGGGUGAGGGCAGCAGUGAAGCCGUUUUUGCUGGCGAUUGGCCUGAAUAUGCGAGCGGUUUCUUCAGCGUUGGAAUGAAAGAUCCUGGUGGUGUGUGGCAGGUGCUCUCCUGGAGGGAUGGAAUUGACGGAGGGAGAGGUCCUGGUGCAGCUGGUGUUCUGGGAGGAUAUUCAACAUCCUUGGUUGGUAGCUGGGCUCUUGUGAAGCUGCAGAGGUGGAAGCAGAGAAGCUGUCCUGAGAGGCUGGAAGAGAGGUGGAAGCUAGCGAAGCCAGCUCUUCUUGGCCCUGUGUUCUGCCUAAAGACCUGCCUUUCACUUUAUCACCUUGCUGAAGCAAAACUGUGUAGGAGGACUUGUAACCGACUCUGUUUGCAUUUCAAGGGUGAAGUAGGUACCUGCCUGUCUUCAACGUAACUGAAAAAAUCUUCACUUACCACAAAGAAAGGGAUGUACCUGCUCUUCAUGUGCUCCUGCCUUAUUCCCUUGCCACAUAUGUUAGCUUAUUAAUCACGGGGAACAGGAAAGGGGAGGAAAAAGUCCCUCUCUUGCAAUUGGCCACUUGAGUGUUCUGUAAAAGAUUCAAAAGCAAGACUUGAUUACAAAUUCUACUUAUCUACUUCAAAGCCACAAUUCAUCAGACUUGCUUUACUUGCUGACUGCAAUCAUAAGUAUGUUUCCAGUGUUUGUAUUGUUACAGCUGAAUUUCAGAAUAUCAGUGUUUCUCAAAUUUGGUAGAGUCUUACUGAGCUUGAAGGCAGGUGUGCUGUCUCAAAAAUAGAGUGGCAUUGAGUGUCUUGCAAUAAAACCUUGUUUCCUUUCUAUAAAA